AUGAGCUUUAACAUUAAAGAGAAGAUCUCUUCCAGACUUCGUUCAAAUGACGAAGAAGUGUCAUCUAUAAACUCCAGUGAGGCUAAAUUGGAUAAAUUUGAUGAAUUAGCAGAGUAUAAUGAAAAAUACCCUGAACCAACAGCAGAAGAUUAUGCCACAUUACCAAAAGUUUUAGGUCAUGCUCCUUAUGCUACUUAUUUGAUUUGUUUAGUCGAAUUCGCUGAAAGAGCCUCAUAUUAUGGUGUUAAAGAUCGUUUAAACAAUUUCAUUCAACUUAGAUUACCAACAGGUGGUAAUGGUGCUGGUGCUCCUCCAAGAGGUACACAACAAAACGCUGGUGCCUUGGGUUUAGGUUUACAAACUGCCUCUGCUAUUACUUUGUUAUUAACCUUUUUGGCUUAUUUGACUCCAUUAUACGGUGGUUAUAUCUCAGAUAAGAAAUUGGGUAGAAUGAAAACCAUCUGGUAUGGUGUUUGGAUCGGUGCAAUCUCCCAUAUUAUCUUAAUUAUUGCUGCUAUUCCAUCAGUCAUCCAAGGAGGCCAUGCUUUAGCUCCUACUGUUAUUUCUAUCAUCUGUCUAGCUUUUGGUACUGGGUUCAUCAAACCAAAUUUAUUACCUUUGUUAUUUGAUCAAUAUCCACAUCAACGUGAUAUUGUUGAAACUAGAGAAGAUGGUAAAAAGGUCAUUUUGGGAAGAGAAGCUACUUUAGAAAGAAUGACUUUGGUCUUUUAUUGGGCUAUUAACAUUGGUGCAUUCAUGUCUUUAGCUACUUCUUAUAGUGCUAAAGAUGUUGGUUUUUGGUUAGCUUAUUUGAUUCCAGGUAUUGUUUAUAUUAUCAUGAUUCCAACUUUGAUGUUAUUAUCACCAAGAUUAAAGAAAGAGACUCCAAAUGGUAUUUCUAUCAUUGAAGAAACACUCAAAGUUAUUAAAUUUUCUUUGAAAGGUGGCUGGAUUAAAAGAUUGAGAACUGGCCAAUUUUGGGAAUUUGCUAAACCUUCCAACAUUGCUGCAAGAGGUGAAGUUCAAGCUGUCGAAGCUGUUAAUAAAAAGGGUAAGAAGAAGGUUUCAUGGACUGAUCAAUUUGUUCAAGAUGUCAAAGUUACUGUUGAUGCUUGUAAGAUUUUCUUAUUCUUUGUUAUUUACAACAUCAAUGAUGGUGGUAUUGGUGGUAUUCAAAACUCUCAAGCAAAUACAAUGACCACCAACGGUGUUCCAAAUGAUUUAAUCAACAAUUUCAACCCAUUGACCAUUAUCGUUUUGAUUCCAAUCUUAGAUUAUGGUAUUUAUCCAAUUUUAAGAAAGUUUAAGAUCGAAUUCAGACCAGUUUACAGAAUUUUCUUUGGUUUCAUCUUAGCUGCAUUAUCUUCAGUCGCUGGUGCAAUUAUUCAAUGGCAAGUCUAUGAAACUUCACCAUGUGGUUAUCAUGCCACUGAUUGUGAAAUUGGUACUGGUGUCUCUCCUAUCAGUGUCUGGGCUGAAACUGUAUUGUAUAUUUUAGGUGCUUCUUCUGAAUGUUUUGCAAACACUGCAGCUUAUGAAAUUGCUUAUACCAGAGCUCCAGAUAACAUGAAAGGUUUGGUUAUGGCUUUAUUCUUGUUCACCACCUCUAUUUCUGCUGCUAUUUCUGAAGCUUGUACUUCAGCUUUGAUUGAUCCUUACUUAGUUUGGCCAUUUGUUGCAACUGCUAUUGCUGGUGUUCUUGCUGCAUUUUGGUUCUUAUGGUUAUACCGUGAUUUACAUAAAGUUAUGGAGGCUGAAAGAAUCGCAAAAGAAGAAAAAGUUAGAGAAGAAUACGCUGAAUAUCUUGCUGAGAAAGGUGUCAAUGUCAAAAGCUCUGAUUCAAUUGAUAGAAUUGCUGAUCAACAAACUUCAAUUAAAGAAGAAACUGACGGUCUUUAUGCAAUUGGAAGUGCUUUAAGUCAUCGUAACUGA